AACCUGUGAUAAACUGGAUUAUGAAGCUAUAAAAUAGGAAACGGUUACCAGACAGUCUCAAGAGAGAAACAAACAACUGAUAAAGAAAUGCUGGGCACAUCAGGGGUGAAAAUCCACCCAAAUGGCAACAGCAAUCAGUUAGGAGUCCAGAUAGAAACUGUGAAACUGACAAGAUUAUACAGAAAACUUGAGAAGAUUCAGGACAUCAUGCGGAUGCCUCAUUUGCUCACAGUAUUUCGGAUCGAUGAGGAUAAAAACUACGACGUGGAUGUGGCCAUUCUGCAGGCUCUGCUAAAAGCCUCCAGAAGUGAUGAACACGCGGGUCGGCAGUGCUGGGAGAGGCAGCUGGAGCUCGCUGUGGCCUGGAACCGAGUGGACAUCGCAGAGAGCGAGAUCUUCACCGAAGAGAGCCAGUGGACGUCUAGUGAUCUGCAUCCAGCCAUGUUCUCCGCUCUGGUUGGUGAUAAGCCAGAGUUUGUGCGCCUCCUGCUGGAGAACGGUGUGUGUGUCCGUGAGUUUCUGGAGUGCGAGGAGACUCUUUGCGAGCUCUACUCUCAUCUGCCCUCCUGCUUCUUCCUGCGCAAGCUGGCCAAACGGGUCCAGGGUGGAAAGAUGCGGCGCGGGCAGGAGCCGCUGCCCGGCAGCAGGAAAGUCUGCCUGAGUCACGUGUCUGAAGAAGUGCGACACCUGCUGGGCAGCUUCACUCAACCACUGUACGUCGCUUCACGAUACAAGCCCACCAAAGAUGAUGUGCGCUUAAAGGUGCCGUCUAAAGGUGCUCUGGAUCUGCCGUGUUUGGGUGAGGAAUGGAGCGCAGACACAGUUUGGGAUCCUGGACGGGAUCUGUUCCUCUGGGCUGUAGUGCAGAAUAACAGAGAGCUGGCGGAGAUCGGCUGGGAACAGUGCAGAGACUGUAUCGCCGCCGCUCUGGCCGCCAGUAAGAUCUUGAGGAAACUGGCGCAGGAGAGCGGAGAGGACGACAGUGAAGAGGCCACAGAGAUGCUGGAGCUCGCCAACCACUACGAGAAACAGGCCAUCGGCGUGUUCAGCGAGUGCCACAGCUGGGAUGCACAGCGGGCACAGAAGCUGCUCAUCCGCAUCUCUCCAUCAUGGGGCAGAAGCACGUGUCUGUGGCUCGCUCUGGAGGCUCAUGAUAAAAGCUUCAUCGCUCACUCUGGAGUUCAGGCUCUUCUGACUCAGAUCUGGUGUGGAGAGCUGUCAGUAGAUAAUCCACACUGGAAGGUGCUGCUCUGCAUGGUCUUCUUUCCUCUCAUCUACACCGGCUUCCUGACCUUCAGACGGGAUGAAGACAUUCAGAGACAGGCGGAACGGACGGAGCAGCAGAAACUGGCCAUGGAGUCUGUGUUUGCUGGACAGUCAGACGGCAAAAUCAAACGUCAUUUACGUGGAUCUUCACAGAAGUCUGAGCUGAAGCCUUUGAACUGUUCGUCUCGUCUGAUGAGUUUCCUCAAGUCUCCUCAAGUCAAGUUUUACUGGAACAUCGCCUCAUAUUUCGGCUUCCUGUGGCUGUUUGCUGUGGUGCUCAUGAUCGAUUUCCAGACCUCGCCGUCAUGGAGGGAACUGCUGCUGUAUGUGUGGCUCACGUCGCUGGUGUGUGAGGAGGUUCGACAGCUCUAUCAUGACUUUGAUGGUUCUGGAUUUCGGAAGAAAGCAAAGAUGUACAUCAAGGAUCUGUGGAAUAUCCUGGAUGUGCUGUCAAUCAUGCUGUUCAUUGCUGGCUUGGUCUGCAGACUUCAGGCCUCCGACACUGUGUUUUACAUCGGUAAAGUCAUCCUCUGCAUCGACUUUAUCAUAUUCUGCCUGCGAUUAAUGGCCAUCUUCUCCAUCAGUCGAACACUGGGUCCCAAAAUAAUCAUCGUCAGGAGAAUGAUGUUGGAUUUGUUCUUCUUCAUGUUUCUGCUCAGUAUCUGGGUUGUGGCGUACGGUGUGGCCAAACAGGGCAUUCUGAUUGAAAACGAAGAGAGGCUAAACUGGAUCAUCCGUGGAGCUGUUUAUGAGCCCUACAUCACCAUAUUUGGCAACUUCCCUACUAAUAUAGACAAUACUCAGUUUGACAUAAGCAGCUGUAGUGUGAACGCCUCGGAUCCUCUGAAGCCCAAAUGUCCCAUGCUAAACGCUGACAACACUCCGGUGUUCCCAGAAUGGCUGACCAUCAUGAUGCUGUGUGUUUAUCUGCUGUUCGCCAACAUCCUUUUACUCAACCUGCUUAUCGCCAUCUUUAACUACACGUUUCAGGAGGUUCAGGACAACACAGACACCAUCUGGAAGUUUCAGCGGUACGAGCUGAUAAAGGAGUAUCACAGCCGACCUGCUCUUCCUCCACCCUUCAUCCUCCUCAGUCACCUCAUCCUCUUCAUCAGAGGAGUUUUUCUGCGUGACCUGCCACAGAGACACAAGAACUUCCGACAGGAGCUGGAGCAGACAGAGGAAGAGGAGCUGUUAUCGUGGGAAGCAUACAUGAAGGACAACUAUCUGGCAUCCACGCGACAGGACGAGAGCCAGAGUGUGGAGCAUCGCAUCCAUGACACGGCAGAGAAGGUUGGAGCGAUGUCUGAACUGCUGGAGCGCGAGCAGGAGAUGGUUUCUGCCACUAUGGCCAAACGACUGGCCCGGCUUGAAGAGCAGGUCUCGGAGUCCACCAAAGCUUUGCGAUGGAUUAUUGACGCGCUGAAAUCUCAAGGCUGCAAAUCCAAAGUGCAGCCUCCAUUAAUGAGAAGUAAAAGCUCUGAUAGGGAUGAUGGAGACUCCAGUGGACAGGAGACGGAUGAUGAAGAGGCUCCUCAUAUGUUUGCCCGUCAGCUUCAGUAUCCCGACAGCACCGUCAGACGCUUUCCUGUGCCAGAGGAGAAGGUGUCCUGGGAGGUAAACUUCAGUGCUUAUCAGCCUCCAGUUUACAAUCAACAGGACACCAGCGAUUCUGACACUUCAGCCUUAGACAAGUACAGGAAUCCCGGAGGCAGGACUGGGAUACGUGGAAAAGGGGCUCUGAAUACCCUUGGUCCGAAUCACAUUCUGCACCCAAUUCUCACCAGGUGGCGUGAUCCUGAACACAAAGCCCUGGAGUUUCUGGCCAUUUGGGAGGAUGCAGAGAAGCGCUGGGCUCUUCUUGGGGGCCCAGCCAAACCGGAUGAGCCUCUUGCGCAGGUACUGGAGAGGAUUCUGGGUAAAAAGUUAAAUGACAAGACCAAGACUCAUCUAAAAGCUGGAGAAGAGGUAUAUAAGGGCUAUGUAGAUGACAGCAGGAACACUGAUAACGCCUGGGUGGAGACCAGCAUCAUCACACUUCACUGUGACAAAAACACACCGCUGAUGGCAGAUCUCAACCACAUGGUCGAGAGCUCGCUGUCGUCUCAUCAACCGCUCCAGUGGCGAGAAGUGAGCAGCGACGAGCGUGUGUGUUCAUACCAACGAGACGCUUUACGGCAAAUAGCACAACAUCACAAAACGCACUUCUGACCCUCGGGAAAACACACACACACAUUACACAACAAUAUGCACUCUUGUGUGUGUCUUUCAAAAGAGUCAAUUCUGUGCCACCAAUAGAAAUGCAUGAAAAAUAAUGACUGUUACCAAACAUGUUUUUUUUUUUCAGCUUGAUCUCACGGGGAAACGUAACUAUUUUACGUUUUGUCAGUUUAGUGGCUAAUUCGUACGUAAUUCAUACGUUCAGUCGUAUGAAAAUGUACGAUUUUAAAAAAGAGGCGUGGCACCAAACUCCACCCCUAAACCCAACUGUAAUUGGGCGGUGAGCAAAUCGUUCUACAUUGUACAAAUGAGAUCUUACGAAUUCAUACAAGUCAGCCACUAAAUCAAAAAGUUACGAAUUGCCGUGAGAUAGCGUUGUUUUUUUAAGAUACUCAAGCAUAUUGCAGUUCAGUUUAAUGCCAUUAAUGAUGGUGCCUUUAAAGGGGUCGUAAACUACCUCAGUUUUUAUUUUGUACUGUUCCCUGAGGCCACUUAUAAUGUCAAGAGUCUUACAUAAACAAGAAGUAAUUCGCUAUUUUCUGUGCUGUUCAAAUAGGCGUGGCCAAUUGUAAGCUCCCACUGCUCUGAUUGGAUAACAUUUUUGAAUAUUACAAGGGAUAAACAGGAAAGGUCGGCAGAGUGGGUAAAGCUGUCGCCUCACAGCAAGAAGAUCCCUGGUUCGAUUUCAGUGUGCAUGUUCUCCCGUGUUGGCGUGUGUUUCAUCCGGGUGCUCCGGUUUCCCACACAAAUCCAAAGACAUGUGCUGUAGGUGAAUUAGGUAAGCUAAAUUGUCCGUAGUGUAUGUGCGUGAAUGAAUGAGAAUGUAUGUUUCCCAGUGAUGGGUUGCCGCUGGAAGAGCAUCCGCUGCUUAAAACAUAUUCUGGAUAAGUUGGCGGUAACCCUUGAUUAAUAAAGGGACUAAGCUGAAAAGAAAAUGAAUGAAGAAACAAGAUGCAAAGUUUAUUUAUUUAUUAUUAAGAAGCUGUCAAUCUUCUGUGGAGGCGGAGCUUAUUCACACUAUUACAACUCCAAAUCAGAAAAAAGUUUCUAAAUGUACUUUCACUUGUAUUUCAUUGCAGACAAUGAGUACACAACAUUAAGUGCAGUGUGUGGGUGAGUGAGGGGCAGUGUUUCGAUGUGAUUAAGUUAUGUUGUGGUUCUGUGACCGGUGGUGUUGGUUGCUGUAUGGUUAAAAAAUUAUGACCGGUUUGAUUGAUAUAAAUUAAAUAAAACGUUAAUCUAAUAUUUUGAGCGAUUGGGCAGUUUUUUGGGCGAUUGGGCAGGUUUUGGACAGCAUUUGGGCUGGAAAAUAUCAGCUACAGUAUAUCUAGCAACACUGAACAAGUGAUGGAAUACAGGCACUUGACUGGCCUGACUGCAGUCCCGACCUGUCUCCAAUUAAGAAUGUGCUGCUCAUUUUGAAGUUCAAAAUGCGACAAGGAAGACCCAAUACUGUUACCCACCUAAAGACUUGUUUGCAGGAAGAAUAGGACAAAAUUACACCUGAAACACUUCAUCAGUUGGUGUCUUCAGUCCUUAAACACCUUUUAAGUCUUGUGAAAGGAAAGGCAACAUUACUAAGUGGUAAAUGCUUUACUGUUCCAGUUCUUUUUGAAAUGUGUUACAAGAACCAAAAUUAGAAAACCUGUUUAUUUUGAAAAAUAAGAAGAAUAAAACUAAUGAGAAACACAUUCAAUAAUGCUUGUGGCAUUGUCUGCAAUGAAAUACAGGUCAAAGUAAAUUUAGAAAUAACUACAGUACUUUUUUAUUUGCCUUUUCCAUACUGUCCCAACUGAUUUGGGGUUGUAUAUCACAGAACAGAAAAUUCCAGAAGCUGUGGUUUUGUCAGACGGGCAUCAAUAUAAGCUGAUUUCAGAGCAACCACAAACUGUUUAUUUCUCAAACUUACAGGAUGUUUUUAUAGUACUGAGCUCUUAUAUGUCAAAAGAUUAAGGGAAUUUUGCUUUCUAAGUUCAUGACCCCUUUAACAACAAAAAAACAUUAGACAACAAAAACUCUCAUGUUCAUAAAGGUUUCUGUACAAUCCAUAAGCCAUACAAUUAGCUUCACACAGGGUACUUUCAGUAUGUUUUAUUGUGUAUUUAUUGGAAGUUUCAUUAUCUGGGUCAAUUUGAACUUGAAUUUGGUUGUUUAGUGUUUAAAGAGGACCUAUUAUACCCUUUUUAUAAGAUGUAAAAUAAGUCUCUGAUGUCCCUAGGGUGUGUGUGUGUGUGAAGUUUCAGCUCAAAUGCCACACUAAUAAUGUUUUCUAACCCUCUGAAACUAACCCUUUUAGGCUUUGAUCUUAAUUGUGGUGUUUUGGUGACUGUCGCUUUAAAUUCAAAUGAGAUUCUGCUCUUUUCAAAAGAGGGCGGAGCUACAAAUGCCUAUGUGUCAGCAUAGGGGCAGAUUCAAAAAUAAGACUGAUGUCCUAUGCUAAUGAGGAAGAGAUCAUUCACAAUGGGCGGGGCUUUCCUCCUCUGAUGGCACGUACAGUGCAAGAAUGCGAGCUGGUUAUAUUCACACACUGCUGCCACACAACUAUGCUUAAACCCCUUAUAAAAGUAAUAAUAGGUCCCCUUUAAAAUAUAAAUGCAGGUACCAGAGGUCAAGCGUUUAGUUUGUACAUAUACAUAGACAUUUAUAUUUUAUGCUAUUAAUAUUGCAGAGCGAGUUAGUCAUUCAUUCCUUAUUUUCAUUUUGUAAUAAUGAUUAGUUUUCUGUACAUUAUUCCACUAAUUACAGCUAUUUACCAAAUAACUGAAUACUGUACACUCACCGGCCACUUAGGUACACCUGUUCAGCUGCUUGUUAAUGCAAAUGUCUAAUCAGCCAAUCACAUGGCAGCAACACAAUGUAUUUAGGCAUGUAGACAUGGUCAAGACGAUCUGCUGCAGUUCAAACUGAGCAUCAGAAUGGGGAAGAAAGAGGAUUUAAGUGACUUUGAACGUGGCAUGGUUGUUGGUGCCAGACGGGCCGCUCUGAGUAUUUCAGAAACUGCUCAUCUACGGGGAUUUUCAUGCACAACUAUCUCUAGGGUUUACAGAGAAUGGUCCAAGAAAGAGGAAGUAUCCAGUGACUCAGGAAACUGAGGCUACAAUUUACACAGGCUCACCAAAACCGGACAAGAGAAGAUUUGAGAAACGUUGCCUGGGCUGAUGAGUCUCCAUUUCUGCUGCCACGUUCGGAUGGUCGGGUCAGAAUUUGGCAUCAACAACAUGAAAGCAUGGAUCCAUCCUGCCUUGUAUCAACAGUUCAGGCUGGUGGUGGUGGUGUAAUGGUGAGGGGGAUAUUUUCUUGACACACUUUGGGUCCAUUAGUACCAAUUGAGCAUCGUGUCAACACCACAGCCUACCUGAGUAUUGUUGCUGACCAUGUCCAUCCCUUUAUGACCACAGUGUCUCCAUCUUCUGAUGGCUACUUCCAGCAAGAUAACACACCAUGUCAUAAAGCGUGUAUCCUCUCAGACUGGUUUCUUAAACAUGACAAUGAGUUCACUGUACUCAAAUGGCCUCCACAGUCCCCAGAGCUCAAUCCAAUAGAGCACCUUUAGGAUGUGGUGGAACGGGAGAUUGGCAUCAUGGAUGUGCAGCCGACAAAUCUGCAGCAACUGUGUGAUGCUAUCAUGUCAAUAUGGAGCAAAAUCUCUGAGGAAUAUUUCCAGUAUCUUGUUGAAUCUCUGCCAUGAAGGAUUAAGGCAGUUCUGAAGGCAAAAGGGGGCCCAACCCGGUACUUGUAAGGUAUACCUAAUAAAGUGGCCGGUGAGUGUAUAUGCAUAUUACAGUACAUAUUUAAGCAUUAAACAGUAAACGCUGAGCCGUAUUUAUUAAAAGACAGAAUAAUGCAAGAUAAAUAAACAGUCAAUGGUAUAAAUAUAUAUAUAUUUUACAUUUAAGCACUUAUUUCAUCUUUGGUUUAAAUAUAAAGCCAGAUGAAGGAUUACACUGCAAGAAAACAGUUUAUGUUAUUUCCCAUAUUCACCUGCUUUCCACAAGCAAUUAUGCAAUACCUUAAAUAUUAGAACAGGAUGCAGAAAUAUACUGCAAAUAAUCCAGUGAAGUGUCCUCAAAAUAAGAUUCAAUCAAGUGCGAGUUCAAAUCAGGUUUGUGACUUGAACAUCUGCAUUUAUAAACAUGUAGACAAGACAACUGAAUAAAAAGUAAUGAUAAUGAAUGAUAAAUAAUGACUGAAUUGAUGUAAUCCACUGUAAUAAACGUGUGUGAUUUUUACAUGGUGGUAUUUUUAA